GAGCGCAGCAGCGCAGAGAGCCCGCGGGGGCGGCGCGGCGACAGAGGGCGCCGGGAGACCUGCGGCGGCGGCACGACCCUCGCCGGCCGGCCGAGCAGCGAGCGCGCCCAGUCCCGCGUCCAUGGGGCGCCCGAGCCGGCCCGCGCGCUGACCGCGACAGGGGACCGCGACAGGGGACCGCGACAGGGGACCCCGCGCCGUGGCCACGCGCAGCCGGUGUGCUGGGGCACGAUGGCUGAACCAGUCCUUCCUCAGGCUUUGUAUUUGAGCAAUAUGCGGAAGGCUGUGAAGAUACGAGAGAGAACUCCAGGGGAUAUUUUGAAACCUACCAAUGGGAUAAUUCACCAUUUUAAGUCCAUGCACCGGUAUACGCUGGAAAUGUUCAGGAUGGGCCAGUUUUGCCCUCAGUUUCGGGAGAUGAUCCACAAAGCUCUCAUUGACAGAAACUUCCAAGCCGCCCUGGAAAACCAAAAGAAGCUCAACUGGUGCCGAGAAGUCAGGAAGCUGGUGGCGCUGAAGACGAACGGCGAUGGGAACUGCCUCAUGCACGCGGUGUCUCAGUACCUGUGGGGCGUCCAGGACGCGGACCUGGUACUCCGGAAGGCCCUCUUCGGCACCCUCAAGGCCACCGACACGCGCAACUUCAAAUUCCGCUGGCAGCUGGAGGCCCUCAAAUCCCAGGAGUUCGUGGAAACGGGGCUCUGCUACGACACGCGGAAUUGGAACGAGGAGUGGGACAACCUUGUGAAAAUGGCAUCCUCAGAGACACCUGCAGCCCGAGGUGGGCUUCUGUAUAAUUCAUUGGAAGAAAUACACAUCUUUGUCCUUUGCAACAUCCUCAGAAGGCCCAUCAUUAUCCUUUCAGACAAAAUGCUGAGAAGUUUGGAGUCGGGUUCAAAUUUCGCCCCUGUGAAGGUCGGCGGAAUCUACCUGCCCCUGCACUGGCCGGCCCAGGAGUGCUACAGAUACCCCAUCGUGCUCGGCUACCACAACCAGCACUUUGUCCCCCUGGUGACACUGAAGGACAGCGGGCCAGAAAUCCGAGCUGUUCCACUUGUUACCAGAGACCGAGGAAGAUUUGAAGACUUAAAAGUCCACUUUUUGACUGAUCCUGAAAAUGAGAUGAAGGAAAAGUUAUUAAAAGAGUACUUGAUGGUGAUAGGAAUCCCAGUCCAAGGCUGGGAUCACGGCACAACUCAUCUGAUUAACGCUGCAAAGUUGGAUGAAGCUAACUUACCAAAAGAAAUAAAUCUGGUAGAUGAUUACUUUGAACUUGUUCAGCACGAGUACAAGAAGUGGCAGGAAAACGGCGAGCGGGGACGGAGAGACAUGCCCACCCAGAGCCCUCCGGAACAUUCCGUGCCCCAGCUCUCGCUCAUGGACAUGAAAUGUGAGACACCGAACUGUCCUUUCUUCAUGUCGGUGAACACCCAGCCUUUGUGUCACGAAUGUGCCGAGAGAUGGCAGAAGGGCCAGAACAAGUCCCAUGAGCAGCGCUCCAAGCCGGGCCCCGAGGCACUGCCCGUCCUGGCACCCGGGGCCUCCUGGGGGGAGGCAGGUGUGCCCUUUGGCUGGAGCUCCGAGGAGCCGGCCGGGGGGCCUCGCUCUGCGCCCCCGACGGCACCCAGCCUCUUCCUGUUCAGUGAGACGACCGCCAUGAAGUGCAAGAGCCCUGGCUGCCCCUUCACGCUGAACGUCCAGCACAACGGCUUGUGCGAGCGCUGCCACCACGCCCGGCAGCUUAGCUCUGGCCGCCACACGGACCCCGGCAAGUGCCGCGCUUGCCUCCAAGACACCACCAGGACAUUUAAUGGGCUCUGCAGCACUUGCCUCAAAAGGACUACGGCAGAGCCCACGUCCGGCUGCAGCUCAGGCGUCCCCACUUCCUGCCACCAGCGGUCCAAGUCGGAUCCCUCCCAGCUGCCCGUCCAGAGCCUCAUCCUGCCUGGCUGCCUCUCGCAGGUGGCGCGGACUCCGGAGGACAGAGCGGGGACGAGCAAGUGCCGGAAGGCCAGCUGCAUGUAUUUUGGGACUCCGGAAAACAAGGGCUUCUGCACGCUGUGUUUCAUCGAGUACCAAGAAAACAAACAUUUCGUUGCUGCCCCUGGGAAAGCCAGUCCCACAGCCUCCAGGUUCCAGAACGCCAUCCCCUGCCUGGGCAGAGAGUGCGGCACCCUGGGGAGCACGAUGUUCGAAGGCUACUGUCAGAAGUGUUUCAUCGAGGCUCAGAGCAAGCGAUUCCACGAAGCCAAGAGGACCGAAGAGCAGCUGAGAUCCAGCCAGCGCAGAGACGCAGCCCUCGCCCCAGCCAGCGCCUCCAGGCCCAAGUGCUCCCGCGCCUCCUGCAGGAACAUCCUGGCCUGUCGCGGCGAAGAGCUGUGCAUGGAGUGCCAGCACGUCGGCCAGCGCGGGGGCCCGGGCACCUGCCGGGCCGAGCCUGCGCCCGAGGAGCCCCCCAAGCAGCGCUGCCGAGCCCCCGCCUGUGACCACUUCGGCAACGCCAAGUGCAACGGCUUCUGCAACGAGUGCUUCCAGUUCAAGCAGAUGUAUGGCUAGCAGGACCCCGGGGCCACCCACGCUGGGAGGGCCGAGAGCCGUUGGCCAGUGUGGUGCUGCACCCCAGCACCCAGCUGCCACCGCCGGUGGAGACAAGCUCAUCUUCGCGGCCGAGACCUCAGGCUGGGCGGCCUGGGAGCAGGCCCCUCUGGCCCGAGAGUAAAGCUGGUGGCUGGCAGGGGACGGCAGUGAGGGGCAGCCCUGGGCAAAUCCUCCUCUCCCACCAAGCACAGGGCCAGGGACAUCUAUGGACGUGGAGUGGUGCAUCCUGCCCGCCAGGACAGCUCUGACAUCUUGCAGGCCAAGAGAAACGCUGCCCCGUCAGGAGGGUUUCAGCGCCCUCGGAGACACGUUGCUGAGCCCUCGCUCGGGGAAAGCGGACAUGUUCGGAGAGCGCCCAGGUUCCCGGAGCCUCCCUCCCUGACUAGCUGCUUUCCUGUGGACUCAUCCGAACCAGAACGGUCCCUGGACUGUGGUUCUGAGGCUGCUGAGACGGAACGAGAAUAAGUUCACACUGAAAAGAAAAUGAGCUGCUCUCAACAAUACGUACCUUUCAAAAAUCGGAGUGUUUGAGGGGGAAGUCAUAUACCUCUUGGUUCUGUCUUCACUUCCGAAGAGGUUUGCUUGCCGUGAGGUGCGGGUGAAAAGGUGCACGUAGAUAAUAUACCCUUAUCUUGUGUACGAGGGGACUUUCUGAUGAUGUUGACAUGCUGCCCUAGAGAUUCAGUUAGGAAGACCGAGACAGAGUCACACGUGUGCUGGCUGUCAUUGGGCUCCACCUAUAGACACAAUUUGCAUGGACUUGACCAGCUGCCUUUUUUAAAGGAAGCAUCUGAAUUAUGUCUAUUUCCUUUAUUUAUUUUAUGACAGUGUCAAAAUUAUUUAAAUGAAGAUGUUUCUUCUGCCCUAGGGAAAAUGCUGUGUUGUCUUUUCAAGAUGUCCCUUUAGCUCUGGGUCUGUUGCAGAAGCAGGUGCAUGCCUGACCGUGCAGGGGAGUUGGCCUCUUGGGAACCCUGUGGUGACCUUCCCUGGGACAGAAGGAAUUGCAUCAAGAGGGGGCUCCUUACUAUAUCCCUGUUCUUAGGAAACUUUGGCCUGAGCCGCUUCCUGGCAAGAUGUCAGAUAAGAUACUGCUCUUGAUGCUCUGUUGAAGCUGAAGCCAAGUUGCCUACCUCCUUGGAGAUGAGAUGGGGAAGGAGCAGGGAGAGGUCAGGAGGGGUCACGGGGAAAGGCUGGGCCUCCGUGCUGGUCCCGUGGUGCCAGGCAGCGUCCUUGUGCAGUGACGGAGCCCGGGGACAGCAAAGCCAGGACACCGUGGGCAUCAGGAGGAGCUUUUUUUCUGAUCUUGCCCUGCAGUUUCUCCCUCUGCUUUAUCUUACUGUCCUCCUUGCUCUAGGAAAGAGAGGGGAAAUGAGUUUUCCCCAGACAUGAAGGCUGCCAUGUUUUGGUCAGGUUUUCUGUAAGACCUGAAAACCCCCAAGAUGCGUGACUACGGAGCCUUUACUUGUUUUCUCUGACAGUUGUUUUCCACUUGCAGCUCACAUCAGUCUUUUUCUCUGACAGAUCUUUCUUAUUUCUUUCUAAAGAAACCAAAUAAUGUUGUUUUCAUCUAGUUCUUGAAAGUGUAGUCUUUUAAUAUUUUGUGUUUAUCAUUAUUUUCAUUCUUAAUGUGAAAAAAAUGGAGUUAUUUAUACUUCUUAGGAAAUAUUUGAAAUUUGCACAAUUAUCCGUAAUAAAAUGCUUUUUCCUCUUA